AUGGAGACUCACAUCAAUCACAACGUAUUUGACAGGCGCCCUAUAACCAAGUCCAUAACCCCCGCUGUUAAAUGGUUCAAAGAAUGGGUGCCCCAGGAUGUUGUAGCAACUGGUGGAAAGUGCUUUCUUUUGAAGUGGGUUAAUGAGGCCACCCAGAAGGCGAUGAAGGAGAAGUCAAAAGAGCCAGAAGAAGUGGUGGAGCCGGAGCCUGAACCAACAACGGAAGUUCUUUUCCUUUGUAGUUAUGAUGGCUGUGGAAAGACAUUUAUUGAUGCUGGGUCUUUGAAGAAGCAUUCUCACAUCCACGGGGAGAAAUCAUAUAUUUGCCACUAUGACAAAUGUGGAAAGAAAUUUUUGGAUAGUUCAAAACUGAAAAGGCAUUUUUUAAUUCAUACUGGAGCGAGAGAUUUCAUAUGCCCACACGAUGGGUGCGGUAAGGCAUUCUCCUUGGAUUUCAAUCUAAGAUCACACAUGAAAACUCAUUCACAAGAGAAUUAUCAUCGUUGUCCAUAUCCUGAAUGUGCUAAACGAUUUGCACAUGAGUACAAGCUGAAGAAACACAUUGCAUCUCUACACGAGAAGAACGGGGCAGAUGAAGCCAAGUAUGUUCAGCCUGCAGAAAAGCUGGUGAAAAAUCCAAAAUCUUAUGCAGGAGCUUCUGGCGCCUCAUCAGCUGACCGUCCGUACACCUGUCCAUAUGAAGGGUGUGAAAAGGCGUACAUCCAUGAAUACAAGCUGAAUCUUCACCUAAGGAGAGAGCACCCAGGCCAUUUCCCUGACGAGAUGGAUGAAGCUAGUGAUCAAGAUGCACGUGCUGGAAAACGUGGUGGCAAUGGCAAAAUUCAGAAAAAAAGCAGGCCAAAACCAAAUCUGAAAGUGCCACCUUCAAAAGUUUCUCGGGGGAAAAGCACAAGUGCUUCUCUGGCCAACUUGAAUGCUGUGAAAAGACCUUGGCCGGUUAAAGAGGAAUUGUACGACGAGGAAGAUAGUGAAGAGACAGAAGAGGAAGGUGAAAAUGUUGGAAAAGGGUUGAGAUACAGAGAAAAUAAUGUGGAUGACGAUGAAGAGACAGAAUACGAGGACUAG